AAAAACACCAUGAAUCAUUCAACAUUCAACAGAAAAACCACGUAAACAUCUAUAAAAUUCUAGAAUCCUGAUUAGCGGAGAAUUUUGUGACGUCAUUUGAAGUUUGAAGUAUAAAAGCUGAAAUUCUUUUCGCCAUUUUGAUUAUUUAGAAAGCGUUCGAGUUCGAUAAGCAAGCAGGUCAAGAAGUAAAGUGUUCUAGAAAUACAGAUUAAAUUGUUUCCUUUGAGUUAUUGAAAGGCAAAAAUCAAAUAAUGCAGAUCUUUGUAAAAACACUCACUGGUAAAACCAUCACCCUCGAGGUUGAACCAUCAGAUACCAUCGAGAAUGUCAAAGCUAAAAUUCAAGACAAAGAAGGUAUUCCACCAGAUCAACAGAGAUUAAUCUUCGCUGGAAAGCAAUUGGAAGAUGGCCGCACCCUCUCAGACUACAACAUUCAGAAAGAAUCUACCCUCCAUUUGGUGCUUCGUCUUAGAGGAGGUAUGCAAAUCUUUGUAAAAACUCUCACUGGUAAGACCAUCACCCUCGAGGUUGAACCAUCAGAUACCAUCGAGAAUGUCAAAGCUAAAAUUCAAGACAAAGAAGGUAUUCCACCAGAUCAGCAGAGAUUAAUCUUUGCUGGAAAGCAGUUGGAAGAUGGCCGUACUCUCUCGGACUACAAUAUUCAAAAAGAGUCUACCCUCCAUCUGGUACUUCGUCUUAGAGGAGGUAUGCAGAUUUUUGUAAAAACACUCACUGGUAAGACUAUCACCCUCGAGGUUGAACCAUCAGAUACCAUCGAGAAUGUCAAAGCUAAAAUUCAAGACAAAGAAGGUAUUCCACCAGAUCAACAGAGAUUAAUCUUUGCUGGAAAGCAGUUAGAAGAUGGCCGUACUCUCUCAGACUACAACAUUCAGAAAGAAUCUACACUCCACUUGGUGCUUCGUCUUAGAGGAGGUAUGCAAAUCUUUGUAAAAACUCUCACUGGUAAGACCAUCACCCUCGAGGUUGAACCAUCAGAUACCAUCGAGAAUGUCAAAGCUAAAAUUCAAGACAAAGAAGGUAUUCCACCAGAUCAACAGAGAUUAAUCUUUGCUGGAAAGCAGUUGGAAGAUGGCCGUACUCUCUCAGACUACAACAUUCAAAAAGAGUCUACCCUCCAUUUGGUACUUCGUCUUAGAGGAGGUAUGCAGAUUUUUGUUAAAACUUUAACUGGAAAGACCAUCACCCUUGAAGUAGAACCUUCUGAUACCAUCGAAAAUGUCAAAGCCAAAAUUCAAGACAAAGAAGGUAUUCCACCAGAUCAACAAAGAUUAAUCUUUGCCGGAAAGCAAUUGGAAGAUGGUCGUACACUCUCAGACUACAACAUUCAAAAGGAAUCUACCCUCCAUUUGGUACUUCGUCUUAGAGGAGGUAUGCAGAUUUUUGUUAAAACACUCACUGGUAAGACCAUCACCCUCGAGGUUGAACCAUCAGAUACCAUUGAGAAUGUCAAAGCUAAAAUUCAAGACAAAGAAGGUAUUCCACCAGAUCAACAAAGAUUAAUUUUUGCCGGAAAGCAGUUGGAAGAUGGCCGUACUCUCUCAGACUACAACAUUCAAAAAGAGUCUACCCUUCACUUGGUACUUCGUUUAAGAGGAGGAAAUUAAUAUGGUUGAAAUUAAGCACAUUUUUAUAUUUUCAAUAAAUAAAUUAUAAAUUAUUAAA